CAAAUGUACUGUAUUAUAACCUUAUGACAGACGUGUGCAAACGACAUUGAUUACUGCAUGAUUACAGUGAUGUAUUUAAUAGGGCUGAUUUUUAUUAUGUGCUCAGAAGCUUAUUAUUAUACUGAAGUGUAUAAAGCAACCUCGCCCGGGUCGACAAUAGCUCAAUCGACUGGGUUAUCAUCAAUAUUGCUGACAUUAGAUGAACUUGAUACAACAGCACCAUCAACAACUCAACUAUCAACUUUGUCCUCAAUAACAUCGGUAACGACGGAACCUAAAAAAACAGCGCCAUCAUUAUCAACAUCUGCUCAAUCCACAACUUUUUCAUCAACGACAUUGGUGACGACAGAAGAACCUACAGCAGCGCUAACAUCAACAUCAUUAACUACUCAAUCAACAACUGUGUCGUUAUCAACGACAUUAGAGACGACACGUGAAGCCACAACAGCAGCGCCAUCAUCAACAGCCCCGUCAACAACUAUGUCAGCAACAACACUGAUGACGACAGAAGGUGAGGUGCUUUAA